AUAACAUUUGUGGAAGCUGUCAAAAUAAAUCAUUCUAAAGGAAGGGGUUUUAAAGAACAGCUCAGAAAAGACAUAAAACGCCUUUGGAGUCCUUCCUAUUUAAGUAAGGAUUUCCAUCACUACCACCUUUAGAAGAAUGGACCAUGACAGAAAGAUCAUGAUGUGUUUGAUUUUAGCUGUUGUUUUCAGCCCUGUGUUUGGACAAACCUGGGAGGCCACUGUUGUAAAAACCAUUGAUGCACUGGUCGGCUCUUGUGUUGUGCUGCCCUGUACAUUCAAUCAUCCUGGUAGUCAACUGCCUAGCUCCAGACUCAGGGGCAUCUGGCAUCGUAAAGAUGACAAGAAUGAGAUGUUCUACCAUGAGGAUGAAACAAAGAUACAGGACAGCUUUAAGGACCGAACAAAGUUGCUGGGACACCUGGGUCAAAAAAACUGCACCUUAGAAAUACUUCAAGUUAAAGAUCAUGACAACGGCCCUUUCUGUUUCCGCAUUGAAUUAGUGGAAAAAGAUGACAACAAACCCAAUAGUGAUAAGUUCUCCUUUGUUGAACAAUGUGCUGAAAUCAGAAUGCUCCAUGACGCACCUAAACCCAAACUGCGUCCAUUAAAGACAAUCGUUCAAGGAAAACCCAGCACUGUCACCUGUUCCAUCCGCCACACCUGCGCCUCCCAUUGGCCUGAAAUUACAUGGAGUCGAGGAAGUAAGGAUGAAAUCAAUGAAGUUCAUAGAGACAUUAAUGGAGGGAUCUGGGAAACAGAGUCCAUCCUGGUGUUCAUUCCUGAGGAGAAGGAUGACCACACCGACCUCACCUGUACAGCAAAAUUUCAUGGAGGGAAGAGCUCCAUCUCAACGUUCACACUCAACGUAAAGCGCACAGACAACUACAACCACAUCAUCAUUCCCAUUGUUGCAAUAGCUGUCACUGCUUUGAUCUUUGGACUUCUCUGUGUGUUGAUGGUGAAGAAGUACAAGAAACGUAUUCAAGAGCUUCAAAGCCAGGAUGGCAGCAUGUGGAACAGGAUGUCUAGACUGUCUCGCCGGCUUCGUUCUGGUGCCUCAGGACCAACCCGUUCUAACCAAAGAAGGUCUAUUUGGAGCCGAUUUUCGAGGAGACCUCAAAGGAACGAGUUUGAUCAGAGCCCCAACAAUGCAACCUCCUGUGGUGGACAGACUGCGAGCAAGCCUCGCUGCCCAUCUCCAAAAAGUGAGCCAAAAUCCUUCAAUUACAAAAAGGGGACUGAUAACAAUGACGUCUACAUGAAUACAGCAGACCUAAAUCUUUAUGGAAAUGUAUGAACAGCUAAGAGCAUAUUCUCAAGUUGAUCCAGAAAGUAUUUAGCCAACAUAAUCAUUAGAAUCCUUUGUUUUAACUCUUCGGUCAUAUAAGCAACAUACUUUACA